GGCCAAUUCACUUGAUCUGUCUUCAAUUUGUAUAUAGAUUAUAUGCUGGAUAUUCCAACGACAUUCUUUUCUGUUUAGUUCUUUUUUCCCCCCCCAGGUUCAGUUUUUCUUUUAUGGUCUCAUGUCUCGUGGUGGGGCCUCGUAUAAGCUCCUUUUGAAAUAUCCGGCCAAGCAUCGCUUGACGUUGGCGUCUUAUUCCCCGCUACUCUCGUCCGCAAAGCAUUCAUUAGCUAGCCGAAACACAGCAAAAUCCUCGAAACCCGCAAUGGGCUCACAAAGAGUGUCAACGAGUACUACGUCGUCAGUUGACAAUCGGGCUGAGAAGAUUAAUUCGCAGGGCGAUAUGGCACCUAAUUCGAGAGGAGGAUGGCGACCGUACCGAGGUCGUUGGAACUCCAAGGGGGCGGCUCGGGAGAACGCCGGUCUUGAUGCAGCACGGUCCCGCGAUAACUACAAUUCGCGCAGAGGGCGUCCACGGCACAAUCAAAGAAGUUCCGAGAGGCAGUUGAACAUGGGGACAGGAUUCUACAGAGAUCACCCGGAGCGAUCGCUUUCUCCGCAUAAGCCGCAUAAACCGCCGCCUACUUCGUCACAGUGGCCCCAAUCGCAGCAUGACCCGAACCAGGCGCUAGCGAAUAACGGAAUUCCCGGGUUUUCAGUCAUAAAUUCGAUUCCUAUGCCGAACCACUUUCCUAUGGCUGUAGAAGCGCCAUUUGGAACAGCAUUCCAACUCCCACUCUUUGCGCCGAACGUUGCCAACCAGCAGCAACACAUGCAGCUUCCUCAGUCUCUAGAUCAAUCUACAGUGAACCCUUUCUUACUUCCUUCUCCGUGGAAUUGUGGCAAUCAAAUGACAGCAAUACCGCAUUUUCUACCGCCCAAUCCCUUCAUGAACUUUAGUCCAUUGAGCCAGACAGCUCCCCAGCCCAUGAUCAAUAUCAAUGGCUUUGGUCAACUGUCAGCACCCAACCUAUCCAACCCCGUCAGAGGACCAGUUCCUAUGGUUUCAGGGCAUCAGCCCCAAGGUGCGCCGUUCACAGACCGUCUCAAGUCACCAAAACUCCCAGAGCAACCGUCGGCAACAAAGAAAUACCUCCAUCAAUCAUCUCUAUCACCCAAACUCUCACCAACCCCGCAACCUCUUCUCAUCAUUCUUGACUUGAAUGGCACAUUAAUAUACCGCAAAACCAGACGUUUCCCACCUACAUUCGCACGGAGAGUUGGCCUAGAUCAGUUCUUGGACACCUUGAUUGAAAAAUACAAAGUCAUGAUCUGGUCUAGCUCCCAACCGCCAACGGUUAAAGCCGUCUGCCAGAAACUUUUCCCCGAGCCCAAAAGACAAAAGCUGGUAGCAGAAUGGGGUAGAGAUAAAUUCGGUCUUACAGACGCCCAAUACAAAUCCAAGAUCCAAGUCUACAAGACCCUUGAUACCGUUUGGUCUAGCCAGGAAAUCCAAGCGUCCUACCCGAAAUUACAACAACCACAACGCCCUGCCUGUCCACCCCAUAAAGCGAAAAAGGGUCCACCCCCUAAAUCCCGCUGGGACCAAACAAACACCAUCCUUAUUGACGACAGCAAACUCAAAGCCCUCAGCGAGCCUUACAACCUCAUCGAAAUCCCCGAGUUCACGAACGCCGCGGGAAUCGACGAAUCCAUGAUCUUCCCUAAGGUCCUCAAACAACUUGAGGUUCUAUCAAAAUGCGACGACGUCAGUAAAAUGCUCCAGCUAUGGAGUUCGAAGGCCUCGGGAACAACAAGUAUCCUAGACCUCGACAUCAGCUCUACGGUUGAUCUCAAAGUCCUCGCUGCGACUCCAGUCGAUCCAGCCCAAGCCCGCAAGGAGAAACGGAAAGCUCGCAAACAGGAAAAGAAAGCCGCACGGUGGGCUGCUGCUGCUGCUGCCGCCGCCGCCUCCUCUUCUGCUUCUUCUUCUUCUAUUAUUAUCACUACAACUGCAACCGUGACAGCAAAUUUAGAAACAGAGGCAAAUCAAAGCAAGCCUCCCUCGCCUUCUGUAUCAUCCGGUCCUAGUCCUAGCGCUACAAAAAUGGAACAGAAAACGAAUCGAUCGCCUUCCCCAGCGACGUCAUCUGCGCCGUCAGAGAAUUUCCUCCUGGAUCGGCUCGAGGAGUCUCUAGAUCUCUGAAUGUUUGUUUGGCUGACUGGACGAGACCCGACGAAUAAUCUAACGGCCUUUUCUACUCUACUCUACGCUACUAUUUCUAUCGCAUAUUAUCGCAUGACAUGGCAUGAUUUUGAUUUCUGCGGCAAAGAAAGACCCAUUGCAUUGCAUAUUACCUACUACCUACCUCACGAUAGAUUGAUUUUGUUGGUUGUUAAUUCCAUCGAAAAAAACUUGACCUCAAUUAGAAGGCCUCCUACAGGAUCCUGUUCUGUUACCCAUGCCGCAGUUGUAUAAUAUAAUAUAUUAUAUAUUACAAAG